AUGCAGUGGUCAAUUGCCGACGACAUAUUCGGCCGCAUCGAGCGGAAGCGAUCUUUGGGCCUUACGAAGCGGUGGAAGUUCCUGGUGGCGCAGGCCAUGAUGCAGGCAACACCGUGCACCAGCUUUGAACAGCUGCCGGCGAAAACGCAGGACCUCAUCCUACAACACCUCACGCCCGCACAGUUGCUGGGGAUCCGCGGAGUGUCGCGUCGCUGGCGCCAGGCAGUGGACGACAGCCUGGGGCGCCGCCACCACCUACACCUUACCAAGGGCGACAUGCGGCACGCCAACAAUGAGCGCCUGUGGCGGCUGUUACGCCGCAUGCCGUCCCUGCGGCGGCUCACAACCCAAUAUGGCACCGAGUCACCGCGGCCUCCGUUAUCCGUUGACGUCGUCUCCCGGCUCUUAAGACACCUGGUAGAAGUGAACUUGCUCCACUUCGGCGCGGACCCACAGUCUCUGGAGGGGCUGUGGACCAGGUGUCCCCAGCUAGAGGCCGUCACGAUGCCUCGCGGGUCCGCCGAGCGGUGCGCGGAGGUGCUGCUUCGCCGCCUGCCGUCCCUGCGGCGGCUUGACGUGGCGCGGAUGUGUGACGGGGUGACGGCUUUUGGCCUGGACUGCCUGCCGCGGCUCAGGCAGCUGCGUGCGCUGGACCUGUCCUGGCUGGACACUGUGGCGGACGCCACACUGGACCGGCUACACGGGCCCCGCUUAAGGAUGCUGAACCUGUCCGGAUGCCGGUCUUGUUCAACAGAUGGUGUCACACAGCUGGUGCUCGGCUGUCCGUCACUGACGGUACUGUGGUGGUUGUCUGACCUACGCCGGACCAGGUCCCUGGUAUACAGCCUGUUGCGUCAGCUGUCCCCGGAUCGUGACGUCACACUCGAGGUCGACGGUCGGUAUCUGCAGGAUCUGCUGCCGCUGCCGCCCGGCCCGCUCCGUCUGAGGGAAUGGGAAAAGGGAAUAUGA